AUAAUGUCUUUACCAUGGCGUUGUAAACAUACUACACCUCGACUCUGAAUAAAUAGGAUCAUUUUACGUAUUUAUAAUUAUUAUCAUUUAAUGAUUCUACGGAUCUGAAUCAUAAAAAUUAGGCAAUUUAUUGUUUAUUAUGUUAACUUUUUAAAAGCUACGUGUUAAACUGAUCACUAAUGGACAAUAUAGUGCCAAUGGUUCCCUCGACACCCCCGCCUUUGGAUGAUAUGCAAGAUGACGACGAUGAAUGGCAAAAGGACGAUUUCGGUAGUUUUGUCACACCUAAGUCACCUUUUCCCAGAGAUGAUAGCUCCAACUGGGCAAAUUUUUCAUCUCCUCCCAAAAGCGAGACUGUUAAUGAAAAAGCAGAUGACGAAAAGGAACCUGAACCGUUACGAUUUAAAGCUCCUUCAAUAUCAGAGGAAGACUGUGAUUUAACAGAAGAUGUGGUUUAUACCACAGCUGUGUUCGAAGCAGUGGUCGAGGAGAAUGAUAAACUCUCUAAAUCCGAAUCUAGUUGUAGCUUAGAUAAUGAAGUAAAAGCUAAUGACGAAAAACCAUUAAAAGACAUUGAGGCCAUCGAAAGAAAAUCAGAGUCAACAACACCUUCAGAACCAAUUGAAGAAAUUGCUGAAGAACUCUCGAAUGACAUUGAGGUGACCGAAGGAAAAUUAGAGUUAACAACACCCUCAGAAUCAAUCGAAACGAAUGAUGAGACGUCUUUGAAAAAUACAGAGCUCUUUGAAAAAAAUGUAGAAUCGGGAAUAGUUUCAGAACCCGCUGAGGCUCAUAAACACACGAAAUCGCUGGAGAAGGUUGACGACAAGAGCGCACAAGAAAAUAACGAAAAAGGCGACAAAUCAUCUUCUGAUAUAGGUACAGUGACAGAGAAAUUGUCAGGCAUUGUUCAAGAAAUUUCUUCAUCUGUAACAGAAGAAGAACAAGAAGACGAUUUUGCAGAUUUUCAAAGCACAAAUAUUGCUAAUAUUGAACUUGAACGUACCGUUUCUGCUACUUCAUCAACAAAAGAAGUCAUAGAAGUGAAUGAAACGACAGAUGUCCAUUUUGCAGAUUUUCAAAGCAGUACUGCAGAACUUCAAAAUACAAAUAAUGAAGUAUCAAACUCUAGCUGCAUUCCAGUUGAAAAUAAUGAAACUGAAUUUAGCGAUUUUCAAAGCGAUACAAAAGAACCUACAAAAUCAGACUCGGAAAAACUUGAAUACACGUCAAAAAGUAUAGAAGAUGGUCAAGAUGUCGAAAUUGGUGACGAUUUUGCUAACUUUCAAGGUCCCGUAAACAAUACAAUAAAUGAUGAUAAUUCAAAUAAUGAUGGAGAUGAUUUUGCUGAUUUUAAACAAUGCCAGUCUGAAGAAAUUGAUGAUUUUGCUAAUUUCCAAAGCUCUUCUCACGAUGGAGAUGGCGAUGGAGACGAUUGGGCUUUUCAAACUAGUGAGUCAACAUCGAAAGUUCAAAUAGAUCAGGAAAAUGAGUUUACGUCAUUUAAAGAAUCUAGUGAAGAGAAUCCUAUGGAUUUAACGACAGAGAAAAUCAAAAGUCUUUUAGAUAUAUGUUUUAAACAGGAAUGGCAACCAACAAAGAAUAACGAGCCUUUAGAAAUUUUACAAUAUGCUAAAGAGCAUACAACUAAAACUGAGGAACAAUUUAAGUCUCCUGCUGAAUUAAGAGUAACUCCUCUAACCGGCCAAUCCUCAACUAAAAGCUCAAAGAAAGAAAUCGAUAUAAGCUUUUGGAAUAAUUUAACACAUUUAGAGGAUACGUUAGCUCUCCAAUAUUCCUGGACAAAAUCUGGAGUUUAUCAAUUUCUAUUAAAAGCUAUUAAUGUUGAUACAAGAAACAUUCUCACAGGAAACAAAAACCUACCCGUUUAUGCGUCUCAUCUAGGCACUCCACUCGAACCUGUCAGGCAAGGUGAAAUGAAAGUUACAAGUCCUUCGUUAGAAAUUGUAGAUACAAGUAGUUCAUCAACAAUUACACCUUCGGAAAAUGUUCCACCUGCCCAGUUUGAUUGGAGUACGAGUGGACUAAAGAAUCCUCUUGACUGUAAGUAAAAUUUUGUGUAUUACAUUAGCCUAUUUUUUUUCUGUUAUAAGGUUGGCAAUAUUCUAAAAUAUAAGAAUAUUAGUACUUUAAUUAUUAUUAAUGCUUGAAUAUGGGAUUUCAAUUGUCAUUUUUUGCUGUCUACGUUUUACGUUAUAUUUUCAGCACGUGUACUUGACUUAGAUUUCUUUCGAGACGAUUUGGACGAAACGUCCGUUUCGUCAGUAUCAGGUGAAAUUACUUCGUACCAUUUCGGUGUUGGUCGUAGUUUUUUGCAUGCCUAUAAAACUAGUUGUACAGUGAUUGAAUUUUUGAAGAAAGCCCCGCCCCCCCAAAAAAAAAUAGCUAGCACUUUUGAACAAAUUGCAUUAAUUGCAUCGAUUUCAUUUGCAUCUUUAAGUAAUAAAAAAAACUAGCAAUUUAUUCGUGAAUAAAAUGGCUUUUUGGGUUUUAAAAAAAUUGAAAAAAAGAGGUUUUGGGAUGAAAAUAUAAAAAAAAAAAUAAAAACAACGAUCUUAAGGAUAGAACAAAUGUUAAUUUUAAAAAAUAGAUAAAGCUAGAGAAAGUUUGUUUGAAAUAAAAAAAAUUUGUUAUUAUUUUUUUUUUUAAAAAAAAAAAAAGCAAAUUUAAAUUUUAUGCAACAAGAAGAAAACACUGCUUCUUUUCUUUUUUAAUAGAAAUAUUAAAAAAAAAAAGUAAUCAGCUUCUUAGUUGAAGACAAACCACCCUUGAAUGUUGUUUUGCAGUUAACACUAAUACACAAUCUCUUUUGGAACAACUAACGACGGUAGAUAUCACUGCAUGUUUAGGAAAAAAAUUUUUUUUUAAAAAAACAAAAACAAAAGAGCUUAAUGAUUAUUUUUAUUUUCAAUUUAAUAAGAAUUUUUUAUGAUUUUUCUUUGGAGUCGAAAAUCCCUCUUCCCUUCCCUUCUUCGCUCCUGAUAAAAAAAUCCUACUUAUUACGUUUUUAUAUACAGUAUCUGUAUAUAAAAGUCUUUUAUUAGCAAUUUUUCUUUUUUCGAUACAUUUUAUAAGUAUAUACUGUAUGUAUAA